AUGUUCCUUGACAAAAUAAAACCAACUACAGAAAUAAACGACGCAAGACUGAAAGAUUGGGUAAAAGCUUUCCCAUUCACAAAAGAUAUAGUUGGUAACAUGGAAAGAAAACCAGAAUGGCUACAAAAACAUAUAUUUGGAAACGAGCAUAUUCCAUAUGGACAGGCACUGUUUGAAGAGCUUGAACCAGAAACUCAGGAAAGAGUCAUGCAAACAAUACGCAAAGACUCAAAUACAGACUAUGACAAACUCUUUCUAGGAUAUAGGUUACCUGAGAUGGGCGACCAGAGCCAAAAGGCAAAAAGGACAUGGGAAAUUUGCAACAUACUAGAUGAACAUAAUGCAAAGAUGCAACAACUUCAAGCAGAGGGCAAUGAAGGAAAAAGAAGAGUUAAAAACUCAGUCAGGAAGAAAGUAAAGCUUGGUCGGAGUGGGUUCUAUUAUGACAUAUAA